CUCCGUCUUUUCCAAUUCACACCCACCUUGCCUAUUUUUCUUUUUCUUCUUCUUCUCUAAAAUUCUUGCUUACACACAACCUUCUCAUAUUCCAAAUUUAUACUAUUACAUCCAUUUUAAGAUUUUACGAUCUUGGUUUGAUUUUAGUUUAUACCCAAAAAGAAAAGAAAAUGUCGAUUCAAAUCUCCAACCAGGAAGUCUCUGAAAAUGGAGGAGGACGAAAGAAGAAUCACCUUCCAAAUUUUCUCCUCUCAGUUAGGCUCAAGUACGUUAAGCUUGGUUAUCACUACUUGAUUUCCAAUGCUCUCUACUUACUACUUGUUCCUCUCCUGGUCAUUGCCUCUGCUCAUCUCUCCACACUCAACUUUCAAGAUCUUCUCCAGCUAUGGAACCACCUUAAGUUCAAUCUCGUCGCAUUCACUCUAGGUUCGAGCCUCAUGGUUUUCUUGGCCACUCUUUACUUCAUGAGCCGACCAAGAAAAGUGUACUUAGUCAACUUCGCUUGUUACAAGCCAGACCCAGCUCGGUUCUGCACCAGAGAGAUUUUCGUGGAGAGGUCUCAGCUGACUGGAAGUUUUACUGAGGAGAACAUGGCGUUUCAAAAGAAGAUUCUUGAGAGGUCUGGGUUGGGUCAGAAAACUUACUUGCCGGAAGCCGUGUUGCGGGUGCCGCCAAAUCCGUGCAUGGCGGAGGCGAGGAAGGAGGCCGAGAUUGUUAUGUUUGGUGCCAUUGAUGAGCUGUUGGAGAAAACUGGAGUGAAGCCUAAGGACAUAGGAAUUCUUAUUGUCAACUGUAGCUUGUUCAAUCCGACGCCGUCUUUGUCUGCCAUGAUUGUAAACCGUUACAAGCUUAGAGGGAACAUAUUAAGUUAUAAUCUUGGAGGAAUGGGUUGCAGCGCAGGGCUUAUCUCUAUCGAUCUUGCCAAGCAAAUGUUACAGGUGCACCCCAACUCGUAUGCCCUAGUAGUGAGCAUGGAGAACAUCACUCUCAACUGGUACUUCGGCAACGAUCGAUCAAUGCUGGUCUCCAAUUGCCUCUUCCGCAUGGGCGGCGCUGCCAUCCUCCUCUCCAACCGGGCGUCAGAUCGCCGGCGGUCAAAAUAUCAACUCAUUCACACCGUGCGAACCCAUAAAGGAGCUGACGACAAGUCCUUCGGUUGUGUGUUCCAGAGAGAAGAUGAUUGCCGAAAUAUCGGCGUCUCACUCUCGAAAGAUCUGAUGGCAGUGGCCGGAGAAGCCCUGAAGACAAACAUUACCACGCUGGGGCCAUUAGUCCUUCCUAUGUCUGAACAGCUUCUGUUUUUAGCCACUCUUGUUGCGAGAAAGGUUCUCAAGAUGAAAAUCAAGCCGUAUAUACCAGACUUCAAGUUAGCCUUUGAGCAUUUCUGUAUCCAUGCAGGAGGGAGGGCAGUGUUGGAUGAGAUGGAGAAGAAUCUUGAGCUUAGUGAUUGGCAUAUGGAGCCUUCAAGAAUGACUCUUUACAGGUUUGGAAACACAUCUAGUAGUUCUCUCUGGUAUGAACUAGCUUACACUGAAGCUAAAGGGAGGAUCAGGAGGGGUGACCGGACAUGGCAGAUUGCUUUUGGUUCAGGGUUCAAGUGUAAUAGUGCUGUUUGGAAAGCGUUGAGGACCAUUAAUCCAGCCAAGGAGAAGAAUCCAUGGAUGGACGAGAUUCACGAGUUCCCUGUUCAUGUUCCUAGAAUCGCACCUGUUAAUUCUUCUUAAUUAAUUUAGUUUUACGGAAGGGUGUAUGUUUGUAAUACAUGGUUGAUAAUCGAGGACCCCACAGCUUUAUUUUCCAGGUUUAAAGAAAUGAUGAUCAAGACCAUUCUUUUUAAUUGUUAA